AAGGUGCAGCUCUUAGAAAGGCCCCUCCUAGUUCCUUCCGUUGCACAGUUACUGUUGGGGGCGCGCAGGUGGGUGGCCGGGUUUUCUGUGGUGCCGGGCGGGUGUUGAGAUGCCGGGCGGAGGCCGGUGCCCGGACUGCGGCUCCACUGAGCUCGUGGAAGACUCGCACUAUUCGCAGAGCCAGCUGGUGUGCUCCGACUGCGGCUGUGUGGUCACUGAGGGGGUCCUUACCACCACCUUCAGCGACGAGGGCAACCUCCGAGAAGUGACAUAUUCUCGAAGCACAGGGGAAAAUGAACAAGUUAGUCGCAGCCAGCAACGAGGUCUUUGCCGAGUGAGGGACCUUUGUCGAGUUCUGCAGUUGCCACCAACAUUUGAGGACACAGCAAUUGCUUACUACCAAAAGGCAUACCGGCACUCUGGCAUUCGUGCUGCCAGGCUGCAAAAGAAGGAGGUGUUGGUUGGAUGCUGUGUUUUAAUCACCUGUAGGCAACAUAACUGGCCCCUAACCAUGGGAACCAUUUGUACCCUCUUGUAUGCAGACCUGGAUGUGUUUUCUGGCACAUACAUGCAGAUAGUGAAGCUUCUGGGACUGGAUGUUCCAUCUCUGUGCUUGGCAGACUUGGUGAAGACUUACUGCAGCAGCUUCAAACUGUUCCAGGCCUCCCCAUCUGUGCCAGCCAAAUAUGUGGAAGACAAAGACAAGAUGGUGUCCCGAACCUUGCAGCUGGUGGAGCUGGCAAAUGAAACAUGGUUGGUGACCGGGCGGCAUCCCUUGCCGGUCAUCACUGCAGCUACUUUCCUGGCAUGGCAGUCACUGCAGCCUUCAGCUAGGCUAACAUGUUCCCUUGCCCGAUUUUGUAAAUUGGCAAAUGUGGACCUACCCUACCCCGCUGCCUCUCGCCUGCAAGAGCUGCUGGCUGUGCUGCUACGGAUGGCUGAGCAGCUGGCCUGGUUGCAGGUUCUGGAACUUGACCAACGGUCAGUAGUGAAACACAUUGGUGACGUUCUUCAGCACCGCCACAUGCUAGUCCGAAUGGCCUUUCGGGAUGGGGCAGCAGAAGUAGAGACCCAGGAGAAGGAGCUUCAGGGGCAGGGGCAGGGGCAGGAGCAAGGGCCGGGAGAAGAGGAGGUAGGGAAUAAUUUGUUCAGAGGGAAGCGACCAGCCAGUCCUGCCCUUCUCCUCCCACCCUGCAUGUUGAAGCCCCCGAAGCGAGCCCGUCCCACAUUGCCUGUGUCCACAGUGACUGGAGAUGAGAACAUUUCUGAUAGUGAAAUAGAGCAGUAUUUGCGUACCCCUCAGGAAGUUAGGGACUUUCAGAGAGCCCAAGCUGCCAGCCAGGCUGCCAGUGGUGUUCCUAAUCCUCCUUGAUGCACACCCGUCGAGGGCACUUGGCCUUGCUUUGUUGAUAGCAGCUUGUCUCAGGAAGUAAGUGUAUGUGACCCCUUGGAGCUUGUCUUGUUUGAAAGAACUAAGGGGCUGUGCAGUUAGUUGGACCUGAGGUUCUGGGAGUAGUGAAAGAUGGCUGUGGGUGGGACAGUUCUCUUUCCGUGGUGUGGGGAACAAGUUGCAUGAGUCUACAUUCUGUGGGAUGGUGUUCUUCCUAAAACUGUUGGGGGAAAUGCCAGGCCCUCUCCUGCCCCAGUUUGAAUUACACACUGUUGUGGAACAGCGGGCAUUCCCAGGGGUCUCAACCCUCAGAGAAGCAGGAAUGGGAAUUCUCUGCCAUAAACCAUUCUAAGCACUAGUGGGUUUGUGUGUAUGGUGUCAUGAGAUCCUUUACCUCAUUAACAAAAGGACUGUGGGUGGACUACAGCUAACUCA